GGUCCAGCGCUUCUCCGGAGACAACCAGAUGAACACGCACAACCUGGCCAUCGUCUUCGGGCCCACUCUCUUCCAGACGGAUGGGAAGGACUACAAGGCGGGCCGCGUGGUGGAGGACCUCAUCAACCACUACGUGAAGAUCUUUAACGUCAAUGACCAAGAGAUGAAAAAGCAGCAGGAUGAGAUCACAGCCAUCAUGAAGAUGCGGGAGGCGGCGUCCAGCGGGACGCAGGUGGGUCCCCGGCACGGAGGUCCUUCCCGUGGCAUCCUCUUCCACGUGAUCAUCUGCAGGGUCUCUGGCGCAUCGCCUGCCCCUCGUGGCACACCUGCGCUCUCCAACGUGCAAAUCCCUUCUCCGCUCCAGCGGCCCUUGCACUACUCGGAAAAAGUCCUGCCCAUUUUGCACAGCCUGGGGACGGAGAGCUACCUGGUGGUGAAGAAGCAGAUGUCCAUGGAGAACAUGCUGCUCUACCUCGCCGUCUCGGGGCCGAAGCUGCUCUGA